CUGAUACAUGGAAUGAAAGGACUCUCCGACAGCCGAGAUAUGCUCAGGAUAUUUAAUGUUUUCAUUAAUAAGAGGACGUUGGAACUUCGCAGUACAUCUUUCAUAUAAAGAUUUUCUACGAGAGAGAAAGCAUGUUUGCAUGUGUUGUUUGUAAAAUUUCAGAAAGCUCAGUUGUUCGCUGCCAACGGAAGGAAUAAAACACGGAGAGAACAUAGUUCUACAAUAAUAUUAAUUCUGCUUUGUUUCAGAUACUGUUUUACUUCAGAUCAGAUGAAACGUUCGUAUUAAAUGUUAAAGUCGUUUUAAAUCCAAGAAACAAAAUUAGAGUAUUUUUUAAAGACAUAAUUGAAAUAGAAACCCAUUGAAUGUUUUAGAGUUGGUGCUUCUAGGGAUUGUAUGUGUUGUUUUUAAAGUACAUUUCGCCGUCUUGGGGAGACUUCAACUAUAAGGUGGUGCUGUUGUUGGUGCUGCUCACCAUGGAACCACACACUCGCUUGAAAGCGCAAGUUUUCACAGUGUUGUGCGUUGUGUGCGCUACGGUUGGUCUUCCUCACGUUCCAUUGCCUAAAGGUUUACAUUCUGAGAGUUUUGCUGUCCCCCCGCUGCCUUCUAAACUUUCUGGGCAGGCUGAGGAGAAACAUGGAGACGACGCGGAGAUGAAAGUGCCACCUAGAGAGCUGCAUAACUUGCUGGGCCCAGAGGAUCUCCAGUACUACUUCAACACAAACAUCAGACAGAAUGUUCCGGAAUAUAUUGUGACGUCACCAGUCCGUGUACCUGGAUGUCGACACAAGCGAAGCGCCGAUAAGGUCAAGGACAACAAUUUCCUUGAGUUCAAACUCCACGCCUUUGGAGAAGAUUUCCACCUUGUUCUGACUCACAACAACCGCCUGCUGGCACCGGGUUGUGUACUGCACAGAGUCAACAACGGGACCGUCCAAAUGUCCUCGUGUGUGGAUUCGAACCAGGACCGUAUGACUCAGGACGCUGACAAUGACUGCUUCUACAUUGGCAAGUCUCUGACCCACAAUGGGUCAACGGUCGCUGUGUCCACAUGCGAUGGUUUGCAUGGCCUCAUUAGCGUCCCCAGCAUCGGCCAUGACCUUGUGAUCAAGCCAGUCAAGGGCCAGCACUCGGGGCGAGCGCGGCGUAGCACAGGGGCACAUAACCCACACAUUGUCUACAGGAGGAAGUCAAGCAGUCGUGGAGCUUGCAGUG